AUGAUAAAAAUGGAAACCCCAAGCGAGUUUGCUGAGAAGCAGCCUCCUACCCACGACCACCAGCCGCGUCUGAACGAGGUGGCCCAAAAGUUUCUCGCCGAUUUGGACGAGGAGCGCCAGCGAUUGUCCGCGGACUUUCCACUUUGCGCUCUGCUAAUCGACGAGGCUGUGGACCGCGUCUACUGCACUGGUCGUAUUCCCGGCAAGGAGUUCUACGCAGACGUGUACAAGCAGAAGCCGAUGAAGAUUACCCAAAAGGUAUUCGUGCCCGUAAAGCAGUAUCCCAAGUUCAACUUCACUGGCAAGAUCCUGGGGCCCAAGGGCAACUCGCUGCGUCGCCUUCAGGAGGAGACACAGUGCAAGAUUGCCAUUAAGGGUCGCAGUUCGAUCCGCGAUCGUAACAAAGAGGAGCAGCUGCGCAGCACAGGCGAUCCGAGAUAUGCCCAUCUUCAGAAGGAUCUCUUCUUGGAGGUCAGCACGGUGGCCACUCCGGCGGAGUGCUAUGCCCGCAUAGCCUACGCCCUGGCCGAGAUCCGUAAGUAUCUUAUUCCAGACAAGAACGACGAGGUUUCACACGAGCAGCUGCGUGAGCUGAUGGAAAUGGAUCCCGAGUCGGCCAAAAACAUUCACGGACCCAAUCUGGAGGCUUACAGAUCUGUCUUCGACAAGAAGUUCGGAGGCAACAGCAACGGGGCUCCCAAGUAUAUCAACCUGAUUAAGCGAGCUGCGGAAAAUCCGCCCGAAGUCGACGAUGUGGAGGAGGUGGCCUAUGAGUAUGAACAUCGUAUGCCCCCCAAGCGUCCUCCUACGGGCUAUGAGUACAGCAAACCACGUCCAUCAAUAAUACCGACAAACGCUGCGGCAUAUAAACGUCCAUAUCCGACUGACAUGAAACGUAUGCGCGAACCGCCCAUCAAGUCCUAUAAGCCCAAUCCGUAUACAAUACUUAAAAAAUAUAAAUAAUAGAGCUCCGGUUGAUUUCGUCGCACACCGCUAUAAAUGAAAACGAAGGACAAUGCUUACGUUAUAAAAUCCAUGCUGGGAGCACAUUGAAAAUACUUUAAUCAAGAAGAAAGCAGCAUUCAAAAUGAUGCUAUCAAUGAAUAAACAUUAACAUUUAUAAAACGCGCACUUGCGCUAUCAAUUUCCACAAACAAUAUUAACCUUAAAUUUUUAUUCCCAUAAAUAUGUUAAACUGUUGGCAUGCCUUUUCUGGACCAUUUCAACAGAUAAUAAGUCAAAUAAUUCCUAUUAUGUUUAAAUUA